AGCCGCCGCGCCGCGGCUUGAGGGCGGGAGCCUGGGGGAGGGUAGCGGAGCCGGCGCUGCCGCCAUGUUGGGUCUGAGGCGGCUGCUGUAGGCGCCUACGGAGCAAGCGGGCGUGCUGAGCGGCCACAGCGGCGCGGGAUCUGCCUCUCUGCGAGCGGCCGGGAGCGGCGGCGGCGGCGGCGCCAUGAGCGGGGGCACCCCUUACAUCGGCAGCAAGAUUAGCCUUAUCUCCAAGGCGGAGAUCCGCUACGAGGGCAUCCUCUACACUAUCGACACCGAGAACUCUACCGUAGCUCUCGCCAAAGUUCGGUCCUUUGGUACAGAAGACAGACCAACAGAUCGUCCAAUACCACCUCGAGAUGAAGUCUUUGAAUACAUUAUAUUCCGUGGGAGUGAUAUUAAAGACCUCACUGUUUGUGAGCCACCAAAACCACAAUGUUCUUUGCCUCAGGACCCAGCUAUCGUUCAGUCUUCACUAGGUUCAUCUACUUCUUCAUUCCAGUCAGUGGGCUCCUAUGGACCUUUCGGCAGGAUGCCAACAUACAGUCAAUUCAGUCCAAGUUCAUUAGUCGGGCAGCAGUUUGGGGCUGUUGGUGUUGCUGGAAGCUCCUUGACAUCCUUUGGAACAGAAGCAUCAAACAGCGGUACCCUGUCCCAAAGUAGUGCAGUUGGUUCUGCCUUUACACAGGAUACAAGAUCUCUAAAAACACAGUUAUCUCAAGGUCGUUCAAGCCCUCAGUUAGACCCUUUGAGAAAAAGCCCAACCAUGGAACAAGCAGUGCAGACAGCCUCGGCCCACUUACCUGCUCCAGCACCUGUUGGGAGAAGGAGCCCUGUAUCAUCAACCAGGCCUUUACCAUCAACCAGCCAAAAAGCAAUAGAGAAUCAAGAGCACAGGCGAGCUGAAGUACACAAGGUUUCAAGACCAGAAAAUGAGCAACUCAGAAAUGAUAGCAAGAGACAAAUCGUUCCAGGUGCUCCUUCAGCUCCAAGGAGAGGGCGUGGGGGUCAUCGAGGUGGCAGGGGAAGAUUUGGUAUUCGACGAGAUGGUCCAAUGAAAUUUGAGAAAGACUUUGACUUUGAAAGUGCAAAUGCACAAUUUAACAAGGAGGAAAUCGACAGAGAGUUUCAUAAUAAACUUAAAUUGAAAGAAGAUAAACUUGAGAAACAGGAGAAGCCUGUAAAUGGUGAAGAUAAAGGAGACUCAGGAGUUGACACCCAAAACAGUGAAGGAAAUGCAGAUGAAGAAGAUCCACUUGGACCUAACUGCUAUUAUGACAAAACUAAAUCUUUCUUUGAUAAUAUUUCUUGUGAUGAUAACAGAGAACGGAGACCAACCUGGGCUGAAGAAAGAAGAUUAAAUGCAGAAACAUUUGGAAUCCCACUUCGUCCAAACCGUGGCCGUGGAGGGUACAGAGGCAGGGGAGGUCUUGGUUUCCGUGGUGGCCGAGGACGUGGUAGCGGCCGAGGUGGUAACUUUGCCACUCCUCGAGGAUUUCGUGGUGGAUUCAGAGGAGGUCGUGGGGGCAGGGAGUUUGCAGAUUUCGAAUAUAGGGCAUAUCAGCUACCUGUUGAAGAACGUGUGGCAACUCCUGUUGAAGACCACAUUGAGUCAGCUUGGUUUGAGAAAAAAACACCUAUCUCAGCAUGGAGCCAUAGUGGGCUUGAAAAAAUCACAGCUUUUGAACCCUAAAAGGUCUGGAUUGAUCAUACAGCUUUCUGAAAGAAAGACAACAAAGUUGCUGCAUAGUCUGCAAACAAGUCUUUGAAAAUAGAUGGAUUUUUAGCUCUUCGUGGUCCUGAGAAUUGGUCUCAGUCUUUGAGAAGAAUGAAAAAGUGAAUUUGCUGUAUAUUUGUCACCAGCACUGGGUUUUUGUUUGUUUGUUUGUUUGUUUUUCUGCUUAAUUUCAAAGAUACAAUACAGUUAAUUUUGGGGGUGGGAGGGAAGGCUCAUCUUAAUAAAUGAGCAUUAAAUAUAUUUGGAAUAGCAGAAGGUUAAGUAAUUUCUUAUGUAUAGUUAAACUAAAGCAGUACUCCAGUGGAACUUAUAAGUAUUUUUUCAUCACUGAAAGGAUUUUUCUUAUCACUAAAUUGUAUCUGGCAAUUAUUGUGAGUUGCCUGCAGAUAGGGCCGUGUUACUGUUUUGAGCCACAGAAGGAAGGGUCUGUGUGUCUAUGUGUCUGUGUGUCUGUCUAUAUCUUUCUUUUUCUUUCUUUCUUUCUUUCUUUCUUUUUUUGGAAAUCCUGUAAUAACCCUUCUGAGGUAGCUUAUUUCGUCAAUUAAUUAGGGUGCUGGAUGGUAGAGAAUUUUGUCAGUCAACUAUGUACACACAGUAAAUACUGUUUCUUAGGCAAAGGUAACUUUUUUAUAUAGUUGUAAAAUUCCAUUAUAUUCCAUUGCCAAAGAAACAUUAAGAACUUUGUAUAGCUGUAUAAAAAGCAACUAAUUUUUUAAAGAAUAAACAUUUUAAAGUCAGCAAACAUACUGUGUCCUUGCAGAAGUUGAUGUGCUGAGGAGCAGAAGGAUGGGUGGGUCUUUUUUUCAUAGCUUUUCAGGCUUAAGAUUGUUGAUUUUGAUUUUUUUUUUAAAUGUUUGGAACGUAAAUGAAGAUUUGAUACAUUCUUUCAUUAUCUAAAAAGGGUAAAUUACUUAUGCUCAUUGUAAGAACUUUAUUUUGUAGCAGAUGGCAUAUCACAGGAUUUAUCCACAUAAUAGAUAUUUUCAGUAUACAAAUGUAAAUAAUCAUAGAUAAGAAUGUACUUAGCUGUAUUUUCAAAUAAGUAACCCCCCCUUUUUUAAGACAAUAAAACUAGGUGUCAAUUAACCUGUUCUUCCUGA